AUGAACAGCCAUGGACAAGUGCUUAUGGUGGCUUCAAAGUACGGCUCAGGGCGUGUUGUUGUUCUUGGGCACGAAGCUUUCCUGGGCUCGCUGCCUGAUCUAGUAGAGAAAGCUCUACAUCGGCUGAAAGAAGGAAAAGAGCAAAAUGUACCUGUUGGAGCGCACCAGUAUGUGAAACAUGUGUCCGAUAAACACAAGUCCAAAUUUCAAUUUCAAGUCAUGAAUGAGUUCAACAGUAGUCUGGGUGAUGGGGUGUAUGUCACUGAUGCCUAUUGUGUAGAAGGCAAAGAGAAGGAGCUGAUAGCCUUUAUGAAAUCUGGUGGAGGGGUGCUCAUCGCGGGACAGGCCUGGUCGUGGGCAGAGGGACGUCCCAAAGAUAACCCACUGCUGCAUUUCCCCCGGAAUAAAGUGGCUGGAGUGGCUGGAGUCUACUUCUCUAAACAUAGAGGAGACGCUGAGUGCAUCCCAGUCCACCCCACAAUCCCUGCGUCCUGGAUGUCCGUUGUAAUUGGAAAGGAUUUUGAGGAUGACCUGGAAUUCUUACUUCACGGCGUCUCUGAGUUUGACCUGAUGAAUGGAGUGGUGGCUUCUGAGAUCCUGAUCCACGGAGCGCUAGCCUUCCCCAUCGGGACCACGCCAGACGGACGCGCCUUCUUGGCCGGAGCCUACUACGGACAGGGCAGAGUGGUGGUGAUCUCACAUGAAGGACUGAUGAAAAGAGAGACUCUUGCUCCCUUCUUCACCAAUGCCCUGCACUGGUUGGACGAGGGCAGACAGGGUGUGGUUGGAGUGGUUCCUGACCUGCACCAGGCCUUUGAUGUGUUCAAGACGUUCAACCUAAAGUGUGAAAAGACCAAGUUUCGAGAGGACCUGAGUGUGUACGUGUGCACGGCCUAUAAGGAAGACCAGGUGGAGGAGAUCCAGGAGUUUGUGGCCGAGGGAGGAGGCUUGUUAAUUGGAGGACACGCCUGGCACUGGGCACAAUGCCACAAAGACAAAAAAAGCAUGACGGACUUUGCAGGAAACAAGAUCUUGAACAAAAUGGGCAUGACUCUGUUAGAGACGUACAUUACUGACGGGGCCUACAAGCCUCCGGUUCUGAGCCAGGCCAUCAGUGACACUUACCAUUUUAGACAUGUCCUGCACAAGUUUGCUGGCCACGUGACCCAAGGAGAAGAGCUCGCCGCACAUGAAGAAGAGUGGCUGAAAAAACUGAGUGGGGACUGCACCAAGUAUCUGAACCUGGACGCCGGCAACAACAACUUCAACCAGAUCAUGAGCACUUUCACAGAGAUCAUCAAGAAGGCGGGCUUGCCAAAGGUGUGUGAGAGCUGCCCCGUGAAAACUGCAAGAGACAAGUUCCUGUUGAAUAUCGGGACAGAACUGUACAAGAAACAUCAAAACCCGGAAGAACUUCUGCCGUUCCUCAUCAAAGACAAUCCCCUGCUGCCCGUCAUUUACAACCACAAAAUCAGCGUAGACACAGAUACAGGAGCUGCUUCUGAACAGAGGAGUGGAGAGGAGUGGGUGAGCACCGGUCUGUUUUUGGCUCCUGGGAUGAAGACCUACUUGUCCGUACCAGCAAAUGUUAUCGACAAGGGCUUGAAGGUGCAGGUUGGAUGCCAAAUUGAUUCACUCAAGAAUGCUAAAGAGUUGAAGAGAGCUCCGUGUGUCUGUGAGAGGUUCCCGGUCACUUCAGAGAUGCUGCUGGUGCACAACCUGUGGGGAGGCCUCAUUUACUUCAUCGUUCCUCCAAAAACUAAAGUGGCGUUCACAGCCGUUGCUCAAAUGGCCGUUCCUGCUCCGUAUUACAAAUCAGGAGUGACGUCUGUGCAGGAGUGGCAGCAGCUGCGCUCGGCCCCGUCUCCUUGGGCAGAGCUGGAGUUCGACAACAUCAUUGUGACAGUGCCUUCAGAGGUGGUCCGGACUCUGGAGCGUCCUGAUGAGUUAGCCGCAUUCUGGGACGCUAACAUGAGGGCCAUCGCAGACCUGGGUGUGAUCCCACACAAGUUUAAAAGGAAAGAGCGAUUCGUCUGUGAUGUGCAGAUUUCACACGGCUGGAUGCAUGCAGGGUACCCCGUCAUGGCACACAGGGCAACAGCUGCUUCUCUGGUCAGCGUUAAAGAUGCAAAAACCCAACCGAUCUGGGGGGUCAUCCACGAGCUGGGCCACAACCAGCAGAGAGCAUGCUGGGAAUUCCCUCCGAACACCACCGAGUGUACAUGCAACCUGUGGUCUCUGUACGUGCAUGAGACGGUGCUGGGAUUCAAGAGAGAGGAGUGUGAACCAGCGAUGCCGAUGGCGAAGCGCCGCAGUAGAAUAGAACAAUACGUGAAAGAUGGAAAAGAUCUGACAAAGUGGAACACAUUCGUGGCUUUGGAGACUUACGUUCAGCUCCAAGAGAAAUUUGGCUGGGACGCCUUUAAGAAAGUAUUUGCUGCUUACCACACAAUGAAAGACGUGCCCAAAGACAACAAAAGCAAAAUGAACUUGUACGCUGUGACCUUCUCUGAGGCCGUGGGGAUGGACUUGAGCGAGUUUUUCAAAGCCUGGGGGUGGCCAAUAGAGGGCGACACUGAGAAGAAACUCUCCAGAUUACCAGCCUGGAAUGACCACCCCAUGACCAAAUACAACUGA